AUGGAUACAGAGGGCAGCAGCGCGCCAGCUCCGGGCAGCGGAGAAGGGGGCGACAGUGCCGGUGAGGCUACGCUCAAAGCCCCCAAGCAUCUGUGGAGGCACGAGCAGCAGCACCACCAGUACCCGCUCCGGCAGCCCCAGUUCCGCCUUCUGCACCCCCAUCACCAUCUGCCCCCGCCGCCGCCGCCCUCGCCCCAGCCCCAACCCCAGUGCCCGCUGCAGCCGCCACCACCACCACCCCCCUUGCCGCCACCCCCGCCGCCGCCUGGGGCAGCCCGCGGCCGCUACGCUUCCAGCGGGGCCACCGGCCGCGUCCGACAUCGCGGCUACUCCGACACUGAGCGCUACCUGUACUGUCGCGCCAUGGACCGCACCUCCUACGCGGUGGAGACCGGCCACCGGCCCGGCCUGAAGAAAUCCAGGAUGUCCUGGCCCUCAUCGUUCCAGGGACUCAGACGUUUUGAUGUGGACAAUGGCACAUCUGCGGGACGGAGUCCCUUGGAUCCCAUGACCAGCCCAGGAUCUGGGCUAAUUCUCCAAGCAAACUUUGUCCACAGUCAACGUCGGGAAUCUUUCCUGUAUCGAUCCGACAGUGAUUAUGACCUCUCUCCAAAGUCUAUGUCCCGGAACUCCUCCAUUGCCAGUGAUAUACAUGGAGAUGACUUGAUUGUGACUCCAUUUGCUCAGGUCUUGGCCAGCCUGCGAACUGUACGAAACAACUUUGCUGCAUUAACCAAUUUGCAAGACCGAGCACCCAGCAAAAGAUCACCCAUGUGCAACCAACCUUCCAUCAACAAAGCCACCAUAACAGAGGAGGCCUACCAAAAACUGGCCAGCGAGACCCUGGAGGAGCUGGACUGGUGUCUGGACCAGCUAGAGACCCUGCAGACCAGGCACUCCGUCAGUGAAAUGGCCUCCAACAAGUUUAAAAGGAUGCUUAAUCGAGAGCUUACCCAUCUCUCUGAAAUGAGUCGGUCUGGAAAUCAAGUGUCAGAGUAUAUAUCAAACACAUUCUUAGAUAAGCAACAUGAGGUGGAAAUUCCUUCUCCGACUCAGAAGGAAAAGGAGAAAAAGAAAAGGCCAAUGUCUCAGAUCAGUGGAGUCAAGAAGUUGAUGCACAGCUCUAGUUUGACUAAUUCAAGUAUCCCAAGGUUUGGAGUUAAAACUGAACAAGAAGAUGUCCUUGCCAAGGAACUAGAAGAUGUGAACAAAUGGGGUCUUCAUGUUUUCAGAAUAGCAGAGUUGUCUGGUAACCGGCCUUUGACUGUUAUCAUGCACACCAUAUUUCAGGUAUCCUGGUUAAGUUCUGUCACAUUUAUUUUAUUCAAGGACUUAAUAUCUAGUCUGAGGAUUGUGCAUGCACUUUGUCUUCUUCACUAAUCAAAUGGUAACAUCAUCUGUGUUGUCUGAUUUUUCCAGGCUGUGUUUACAGAUUUGGAGAUUCUUGCAGCAAUUUUUGCCAGUGCAAUACAUGAUGUCGAUCAUCCUGGGGUCUCAAAUCAAUUUCUGAUCAAUACCAACUCUGAACUUGCCUUGAUGUACAAUGAUUCUUCUGUCUUAGAGAACCAUCACUUGGCUGUGGGCUUUAAGUUGCUCCAGGAAGAAAACUGUGACAUUUUCCAGAAUUUGACCAAAAAGCAAAGACAGUCAUUAAGAAAAAUGGUCAUUGACAUCGUACUUGCGACAGACAUGUCAAAACAUAUGAAUCUACUGGCUGACUUGAAAACUAUGGUUGAAACUAAGAAAGUGACAAGCUCUGGGGUUCUUCUUCUUGAUAAUUAUUCUGAUAGAAUUCAGGUCCUUCAGAAUAUGGUGCAUUGUGCAGAUCUGAGCAACCCAACAAAGCCCCUCCAGCUUUACCGCCAGUGGACGGACCGGAUAAUGGAGGAGUUCUUCCGCCAAGGAGACCGCGAGAGGGAGCGUGGCAUGGAAAUCAGUCCCAUGUGUGACAAGCACAAUGCAUCUGUGGAAAAAUCACAGGUGGGCUUCAUCGACUAUAUUGUUCAUCCUCUCUGGGAGACGUGGGCAGACCUUGUCCAUCCUGACGCCCAAGAUAUUUUGGAUACUUUGGAGGACAAUCGUGAGUGGUAUCAGAGCACAAUCCCUCAGAGCCCCUCUCCUGCACCUGAUGACCAAGAGGAGGGCCGGCAGGGUCAGACGGAGAAAUUCCAGUUUGAACUAACCCUAGAGGAAGAUGGAGAAUCAGACACAGAAAAGGACAGUGGAAGUCAAGUGGAGGAAGACACUAGCUGCAGUGACUCCAAGACUCUUUGUACUCAAGACUCGGAGUCCACAGAAAUUCCCCUUGAUGAACAGGUUGAAGAGGAAGCAGUAGGAGCAGAAGACGAAAGCCAGCCUGAAGCUUGUGUAUUAGAAGAUCAUUCUCCCGACACGUAA